AUGCUUGCAGUUACUGCUGCCAUAGCACUUCCAAUUCUUCUCAUCAAAUCACCAACUGAAACAACACAAGGUUUUAGUGGAACGUAUUGGAAUGUUACCGGUGUUACAUACGCAGGGAAUGGAACAAGAGGUACUGCUUUAAAUCAAUUAGCUGCACCAACUGGCUUAUUCAUAACGUCAAAUGAUACUUUAUACAUAAGUGAUAGUGGCAACUGGCGUGUUGUAGCCUAUUUACCUAAUGCUGCCAGCGGUUCUAUUGUAGCUGGCACAGGAGUAGGUGGGACUUCUCUAACUCGAUUAGCUUCGAGUGGAAUACGCUAUAUUUCUGUUGAAGCAAAUGAAAAUAUUUAUAUCAGUGAUACAUACAAUGAGCGUGUUGUGCGUUGGGCAAGUGGUGGUUCCACUGGUGUAAUUGUAGCGGGUAAUGGGACUGGUGGAAGUUCACUCAAUCAAUUAGAUUAUCCAUACGGUCUAUGGGUAGAUUCGAGUUUAAAUGUAUUCGUGUCAGAAUAUCAAAAUUAUCGUAUAACAAAAUGGGUUCCGGGUGCAUCAGUAGGUGUUGUUGUUGCAGGGAUUUCAGGUUCAUCAGGCUCAACAACAAAUUUAUUAUCAGGACCUACUGGUCUCUAUUAUGAUGAGGCUAAUCAAAACUUAUAUAUUAGUAAUACGGGUAGCACUAAUACUGUGAUGAAAUGGCGAGUAGGCGAUUCAAAUGGUACGAUCGUAGCUGGUCUUGCUGGAAGUUCCGGAUCAAGUUCAAGUCAAUUAAAUACUCCAACAGGAAUCAUAUUAGAUCAAUGGCAAAACAUAUAUGUGAAUGAUCGUGCUAAUUCUCGAAUUCAACUUUUUUGCAACGGUAGUUCGACAGGUGUCACUAUUGCUGGAAAUGGGGCUGGUGGAAGUAGUUUAUCUUCUCCAUAUGAUAUCAAAUUAGAUUCACAAUAUAAUUUAUAUGUUGUUGAAAAUACUGCGCAUCGUGUUACGAAAUUUGCUAAACUAUAA